CAAGCUCGGGCCCAGCAUUUAUUAGUUCUUCGGCGCUCGGCGGAGAACGUGCGUGCAAAACCUCGAGCGAUUGGUUGCUGUUGCAACUCGUGUUACCGCAGUGCCACCGGCACCCCCCCUCAUAGUCUCGCGAUCGGUCACCGACCGAAUCAAUUUUGGAUUCACUAGAAAAAAAAAAAAAAUUUUUUUUAGUUUGCAAAAAAAUUAUUUUCCAUCAAAAAUCAGUGAAUCAAGAAAAAAAAAAUAAGGUGAUCAUCCAAUCAAGAUCUUGGAAAGUGUGACGUUACAAAAAAAAAUAAAUAUAUCGUUCCGGGUCAGAUUGUGAAGAAGAAGAAGUGUAUACAUAUAUAUAAAUAAAAGGGGGAUAUCUAUCUAUAUGGUUAAGGGUGACCGGUUUCGUUACCUUUGAUCCCCCCAACGGUUCAGCAUGGCGCUUCGAUUCCACGAGAUCUCGGCCGACCGGCUUGUUUGGCGAGGAUAGUGACAGUUGUUGAACGCGAGUGCACCAUACCCACGAUGUUGCUGCCGUUGCUGCUGCUGUUGCUGUUACUGCUGCUGCUGCAGCCUCUUCUUCUUCUUCUUCUUACUUCUUCCGUUUCUUUGCGCAGAGACACGAGAAGACCACCAGCGAUCGAAAUGCCACGAUACCAGUGAAGGUUUUUGGAGAAUUUUUUGGUGAACGAAGAUAAUUAAAACUAAAUGUGAGUAAGAGAGCGAGGAAAACAAAAAUUUGAAAAUUUUAAAUGUUUGUGGCAAAUUGAGAUAUAAACUUGUUGGCGGAUCUUUGUUGAAAAGAAAAAAAGGGCAGAGAGAGAGAGAGUGAGAUAAAGAACUCUUGGAUUAUACCACCUGUUUAUGUGUGUGUAUAUGUUAUGAGUGGAAAUAAACAUAUAAAAGAAACGAAAAAAAAAUGCCCGAAAUUCAACGCACAGACUCACUGAGAUCCGCCAUUGAGGGAGGCAAGGCAUCACAUAAUUCAACUGAAAAAAUUGAUUCGCUACAUGACGCUACUUCCCCUUCCGGUUGGAAGCCCACUGAAAGAAGUGUCUCCUUCAAUCGUGAUGUCCACGUCAAGAGAAUCGGACGUGGAGCACCACAUGUGACCGCGGCACUUGUUGGAGAUGGAGAAGGUCGGUUGAUCACCACUCCAAUUCACAAGGAGAGUAUCACAUCUCGCAGUAAGGAAGAUUUAGCACAGGAGGCAGCUCUCGUGCUCCAACAGGCCGACAGUGUGCAUUGCGUGGCACACGAUAAUCGACGCCUGCCAGGCAGAUUUAGCACACUUCCGGUACGUCGAAAAGAAAAACAUUCUUUCGAACAUCCUCCUCCUCCUCCUUCUUCUUCUUCUUCCUCCCUUGAAACACGACGUAAAAGUGAAGAUCUCACGAGUCACAAUUUUGGCGAUACACCAAAGCCAAAGAAAAAAUUAAAAACAACACUCGAACGUAGUCACAGCGAUGCAAGUGGAAAAAAAUUUAAAAAUCCAAUAGCAAAACUUUUCUCACCAAAAUUAGAUAGAAAAACAAAACCAAUAAUUAAUCGUAGUGCAAGUGACGCGUCUCAUAAAUCAUUAAAAAAACAAAGUGAAAGUGAACAUUUUGGUACAGCGAGAGUGAAAAAACAAUUAUCGCCAAUAAUUGAAGCAUCACCCUAUUAUGAUCAGCAACCCUUUCAUUUUGGCAGUAAAUCAAACCUAGAUAAAAAAGAAAUAAAAAUUGAAAAAAUAAUACCAAUUUCCAUUGAGAAUAUUGACAAUAAUAAAGAGGAAAAGGAAAAUCAAAAGGACAUUGACGAAGUUGAUCAAGUUCAAACUAUGUUACAUAAUAGUCGUUACGAUCAACAGCACAAUAACGAGGAAUCAACAAUACACAAAAUGAUUCAUCGUUUAUCAAAUGAUCGUUCACCACCACCACAAUUAACAAGAACAAUGGUAUCGCCAAGUCCUGGUUUUGGUCAUAAUAAUAAUCGUCCAUUCUCCUAUACAAGACCGAAUGAGUCUAGUCCACCGCCAAUACAAAAUAAUGUCAUUUACGCCCAAGUUCAAUUGGAUAAGAAAAAAGCCCAACGCAGUCAUUCCGAUAGCGAUGAGGGUCUUGGUCUUGAUCGUAAAGAUUCAUCACGUGAAAAUAGUCCCGCCGAAAAAGAAUAUCGUCGCUCAGAUUAUUAUAUUUCUGAUUUACGUCGUAAUAAUGAAAUAAAUAAUUUAAAAUCACGUUAUGAAAAUGAUUUUACCAAUGAAACUGAUCUAUUUGAAAAGGAAAAAUUCACAUCAACAAUAUUUGUUGAUACAAAUCGUGGUUUAGACGCAAAACGUUUUAAUAACAAUAAUAAUAAUCAUAAUAAUAAUAAUAAUGAAUUCACAAGAUCGUGUGAUAAUACAAAAACAUCGGAAUUAAGUGCAAGACGUGAUUUACUUGAAUCAAGAAUAAAAUCCCGAUUAUUGGCCGAUGAAAUGUUUGCAACAAAAAAGAAGACAAAUAAUAUGGAACAUGAAAUAAUCGAUAAACCGAUCGUACCAUCACCUGUGACCCCAAAUCGAGUUGCUUCACCAAAGCGUUGUUAUGCCGAUACUUAUAUUACUGAAACACGUACAAGUAGUAAUGGUGAAAAAUAUAUAUUUGAAAAGGAAAUUCAUGAAGAUAAUGGCAAAGUUUAUGGUUAUGAGAAGAAAAUUAAUAAAAUUGCCACUGAUUCAUUUAUUGAACCAAAAGUACCACGUGAUGGUUAUACAGUUGAGACAAGAACCGAUAAAUAUGGUGAUAAAUAUAUUGUUGAAACAAUGACACAUGAGGGUUUUGUUCCUGAAUUUAAACCAUUUUUAAGUGACAAAUCAAGAAAUAAUUCUGACAAUAGAAUAAUAAAUUAUCAAAAUGAAAAAUUAAAAAAUAAAUAUUCAAAAAGUGAGGAUAUUUUAAAUCGACAACAAAAACAAUAUAUACCAAAAUCAAAACGAACAUUUGAAGCAAUUAAAGGUAGAAGUAAAUCAACUCAACGUUUAGAUGAAAUUGGUAACAAUAAUUUGAGAAAUGAAUAUAAAACACGUUCACAUGAAAAUUUAACAGAUACAAGGGAAUUUCAAAAUCAUAAUUAUAGAAAAUUUGUUAAACAUAAUCUUGAUGAUUUACGCGAGGGUCCUAAUGAUGAUUAUGAUACUGAUAUAUCACAAGUGACAAAUAGUCAACUUGAAUCGAAAUAUUAUAAAGAGACACGUACAACGCAAAGAUAUUUAAAAAAGCAUGCAUUACAUGAUGAUUACGAUAGUUCACCACCACGUGUUGGUUAUAAUUCAAGUCGUUAUGAUUCCGAUACAACGGCACGCGAUUCAAUAAGAUGUGAAACACAUUCAUCAUCGCGUGGUAUAAGAAAAGAUUAUCGUAAUAAUAUUGAUGAUGAUCCAAAAAAAUCAUUAAGAAGAUCACGUAAUCGUUUAGAUUAUCUUGAUGAUUCAGAUGCAAGGGAAAGUUCACGUGUGGGAAAAAUAAGUAAAAGUCGAUUAGAAACAUUUGAUGAACAAUUACCACCAUCGAGACCACCUAGAAUUCAUCAUCAUCAUCAUCAUAAUAAUAAUCAUCAUGAAAGUAAAACACGACAUUUACGUCAUGAGACAAGAGGUCAUAUGGAAAGAAGACAUCGUGAUACGCGACUCAGUGAUAAUGAUCGUAAGGAUCGUCUUGCUGAUUCGGGUAUUGAAAAUGAUUAUCGACGUGAUUCACAUGAGGCUGAUUCAAGACGUGAACCACUUGAAUCGGAGGAUGAGGGUUUUGCGACAUUACAAUUUAUUAAACAUGAACGAAGACAUACAGAUAGAAAUAUGAAUUUAACACCAGCUGAAAAGAGAAAAUAUGAUAAAUAUGUAAUUGAAAAAUCAAUUGUCACAACAAAACCACCAUCGGGCGCUGAUAAAAAAUAUGAAAAGAAAGCAGUGAAAAAAAGUGGUACUAUGAGUAAAGUGAAACAAUUGUUUAGUAAGAAGGAGAAAAAAGCAAAGGAAGAACAAAAUAAGAAGAAUUAUCGUAUCAGUAGCAGUGGAGCAUUAACUGAUGAUGAAGUGACAACAAGAUAUAGGGAAUAUCGUGGGGAUCAGCUUAGAAGUGCAAGGAGCGUACGUGACCUUGGAAGUGACUUCAAUCAGGAUGAUUAUAGUCAGCGGAGGCGACUAUCGACCCCAAGUGGAAGUCCCAGUCCCCCUCAGCCGUCAAGAUUGUCCAGGUCAACUGGAACACUAACAAGAGAAGAGGAACCCUACAAAAACACCCUCACCAGAGAUAAUCAAGGUCAAGAGGCAGAGCGAAAGGGAUGGUUUAAAUCCCUUUCGAGGAAAACGAAAUCAAAUUCGAAGCCAAUUGAUAAGAAGCCAAGGAUACCGGAAAGUGAAAUACUGACAACUGGCACUGAGGACGAGGAAGCAUCAUCAGCACCCGAGCGAGCAUCUGUGCAGAAGAAUUUACGAUUUUUUGGCGAUACGGAUCAGGAAUCAAUAUCAUCGAAUCUUGAUCGAAGAAAUAAACGAAAUGACGACCACGCUUCAACGAGGCGUGAUGUAACGAAUUCAUCGAGACGUAAUUUAGGAAUUAUAACGAGUCCGAGGAAACCAUCGAGGCUCAAUGAGAGCGCUUUGUCGUCUGGGGAAAGCACCACAGGCGACAGCAGUCAACAAAGCCAGAAUUCCCAAAGAUCACAAAGAUCCGUUGUUUAUCUUCACGCUGCCACAGUCGGUGAAAUUCCUGGACCGAACGAAAGACGCCGAGCAGCAAGUCGUGAAGAAUUAAAUCGUCCUCUUCAAGCCCACACGAGGACCGUAUCAAGAAGUGUUAGUGUCCUUGCACCAUGGAGACCAAAACACUAUCGUGAACCAUUUGAAAUAAAUUACGAUCAACAACAACAUCAAAAACCAAUGAUAACAAUGAAGCGCAGACAAAGAAGUCGCGAGACUCUCAGUCGUCGUGGCAAAGAUCCUCGUCGGAGCAAGGACAAUUUGUCUAAAACAGGAACAAUGAAUCGAAGCACGCUGAAGUCAAAAGACAAGCAAAAAGUGGACAGAACAGUUUCCACGGAGUCGUUGGCCAGCAAAUCUCGCAGCGUGAGUUCUAGGCCGGAACUAAACAGAUCCACUUCCGUUCCACGCGACCCCAACAAAAGUGCAGGAUGGUUCAAGUUAAAAAGCAAGAAAUCUCGGUCCUGAACGUAAAGGCCAUUGACCAAUGCUAGUCUCGAGUUUCUUUAUAAUUGAAAAAAACUCUAUUGCAAAUAAGACAUAUAUAUAUAUAAAAAUAAAUAUUAUAAAAUUUUAUAUAAAUAUAUAUUAUAUAAAUUUUCAGAUUAAAAAAAAAACAAAUUAUAUAAAUAUAUAUAUGUGUGUAACAAGCGCUGAGCGUUAAUGCGAUUUAUCUUCUAUUUAAAAUUUGUGCAAAUUGAAGACAAUCGAUAAUAAUCCUUAAUCCACUUUUAACAAUUUUGCCUACUAACGAGAAAGUAGCAAAAAUUAAAAAAAAUCAAAAAUUUAGCUUUGCUAAAAAAACACCCAGUUAAGGUUUUUAUAUAAAUAUUAAACUUGAAAAAAAUUUUUUUUUUUCAAACUACCAAAAUGAAACGUUCAAAAUAAUGUAACACACUAAUUUUAAUGUUACGUUACGUUAUAAAAAACUUUACAUUUUUUCUUAAAAAACCGUUACGUUACUUUUGAGCGUUACAGUAACACUGGUCGUAUAACGAAAAUCAUUGUUACAUUACGGUAACGCUAGUUAUGUAACGAAAAUCGUUGUGUUACGUAACGUAACGAGUAACGUUACGUGUUACUUAAUGGUAACAAGUAAUAUUUGUUGUGUAACUAGUAGAGUUACAAGUAACAAGACUGUGUUACGUAAUGAUAACAUUACUUAUGAAAAAAAAACCGUUGUGUUACGUAACGGUAAAGCUGCUUGUUACGCAACGUAACAAGAAGCGUUACGUGUUACGUAAUAGUAACAACAACAUUUGUUGUAUAACUACUAGCAUUCCAGUAUCAUGAAUAUGAUACGUAACGGUAUGAAAAAAAAUCGUUGAAUUACGUAACGGUAACACUUCUUGUUACGCAUCGUAACGAAAAGCGUUACGUAUUACUUAACGCUAACAAGAAACAUUAGUUAUGUAACUAGUAACGUUAUAAUAACAAGGAUGUGUUACGUAACGGUAACAAUAAUUACGAGACGAAAAUCACUGAGUUACGUUAAAGUAACAUUAAUUAUGUAACGAAAAUAGUUGUGUUACGUAACGGUAACACUCCUUGUUACGUAACGUAACGAGAAGUGUUACAAGUCACGUAAUAGUAACUCUUCCAGGUUACGAUAAUCGUCAUAUUACGUUACUUUAACAUUCAUUGUUGCGUAACUAUAACACUUUUCGUUACGUUACGUAACAAAAAACGUUACCUUUUACGUACUGGUAACAUUAGUCGUGUAACAAAAAUAUAUUUUAUUUGAUUUUACUGAACAAUAAUCGUUAUGUGUUACGUAACGGUAACACAGACUUUUUAACAAAGAACGUUACGUGUUACCUAACUAAAAUCGUUAUGUGUAACGUAACGGUAAUCUUAGUUGUGUAAUAUAACAAAAACAUAACAUAAAAAUUGUAAAACAUGUUUAACGUUUUAAAAUAUGGAAUUCUACGUUUACAAGAAUAUCAUUAUUAUCAUGUUACAAACUUGUGUUACCGAAACAUAAUUAAAACAUUAUUAUUGUUACGUAACACAUCAGUGGUUCUGUAUUAAGUGUGCUAAAAAAAAAAUUUCAUUACAAUUAAAAGUAAACAAAAAAAUUUUUUCUGGGUGUAAAAAAUUAUUUUUGUUUGUAUAAUAAAAAAAUUUUGUUAUUAAAAUUUUGUUUGUUUUAUAAAAAUUCUUUGUUUUAUUAAACAAAAAAUAGUAGUUUAUUUUUAUUGGAAAAAAAUAACAUUUUCUUUUUUUUUUUUUUGAAAAAUAUUCGCUGGUGAUAUUGCGUAACCUUCUCUCUACAAAAUUUAUUUUAAUGAAAUAAAUUUUUUUUUUUUGCUUUAGAUGAGGAAAAAGAAAAUUUUCUCUUUUUUAAUUGAGGCUUAAAAAAUUAGUCUUUUACGAAGCUUCUUUUUUUUGUGAUUGAGAAUAAAAUGAAAAAAAAAAGUAUAUAUAUUAUAUUAUUUAUAUUAUAACUCACCGUGAAUCUGUGCCAUUUUUCACUUGUUAGGAUCUUGUAAAAUAUAAACAAAAACUCGCUGCAAUUUCGAGAUAAAUCAAAAUAUAACAGUGAAAGAAAGAAGCCGUAUUAUAAUAAUAAUAAUAAUUUUUUUUUCUUUCUCAUAGAGGAAGUAUUUUUUGUUUUGUUGUAAAUGAAUCUUAAGUCAUAAAAAAAUAAUCGAAAAAAAAUUUUUUUGUUGACUAUAAAAAGAUUAAUUUAUUUAUUCUAUAGAUUGAAGGUUGAGGCUAUCACUUGCGAUCAAUUUUCAGUGGAUAAAAUUUUAAAAAAAGGAAAAUUUUCAAUUUUUGUUACUAAAAAAAUAAAUAAUUUUUAUUUUAAAUAUAAUAACGAUUGAUAAUAACGAUUUUAUUUACUUAGGAUUUUUUAUAUUUCUUAAAAUUUUGAAAUUUUCUAUUAUUGGAAAAUUUUUUUUAAUUUUAGAAAAAAAUGAGAAUGUAUGAGUGAGAGAGAGAGAGAGAAAGAGAAACCUUAACGAAUGUUUUUUUUUAACUAUAUCUAUGUAUCGUGAAAAAUCAACGAAAAAUAUUGUAACAAUUAUUGAAAAAGAGAAAAAAAAAACAAAAAAAAAUGAAAACUGACGCUUGCAUUACCUUCGACUAAUUUACAUAAAUUUUUUUUUUUUUUUUGGUGCUAAUUUGUAUGUGUGUACAUAUACAUACCAUUAAACUAGAGCUAAUUGUAAAUAUCUUAAAAACUUUAACGAUAAUCUCCGAUGACAAUUAAUUAAAUUUUUUUUCCAUUAACAUAGUUUUAUCCGUUCGAUAAGCUUAUAUUAUGUAUAAUAAACGAAAAAUGCGUCGAACUGUAUUUUUUACAGAUCGAGUUGUAUUUCUGUAACAUGAUUAAAAAAAAAAAAAAAAAAACACUCGAAAUAAUAAAUAAACUUAAUUCGCAAUUAUU